CCUCAGAUUAUUAAAUCCAACAGGAGUAUCUCUCCGUUAUAGGCGCAGAUUUGUUAGGCGAUCCUGUUGCGCCGCAGGACCCAAUCAGGUGUGGCACGUGGAUGACUAUGACAAGCUCAAGCCCUUUGGGAUUGCCAUCAGUGGCUGCAUCGAUGGGUAUUCAAGGCGGGUUAUGUGGCUCAGUAGUGGUAGCACCAACAACGACCCUGCAGUAAUUGCUCACCAUUACCAGCAGUGUGUUUCGAGCUGUGGCCUUCCGGCUCGUCUUCGGACAGACUGUGGGACAGAAAACGGAGACAUGGAUGCCAUCCACUGUUCUUUAAGAGAGGACCACACUGAUGAAUUUGCGGGUUCUCUCAGCCACAUGUAUGGCACUUCAACUGCCAAUCAAAGGAUUGAAAGCUGGUGGUCCUUUUUCAGGAAACAGAGGACACAGUUCUGGAUGGAUUUAUUCAGUGACCUUAGAGAGAGACACUACUUCAACGGCACCCAUGAACACAAGUGCCUUGUAUGGUAUGUGUUCCUGGGCAUCUUUCAGAAAGAGCUUGAUGAGCACCGAGAGCUUUGGAAUAACCAUACAAUCAGGCCUGUCCGUCAGUCUCUCUGUCCAUCUGGAAAAAACCGGAGACCACGUACCACCUGCCUCACAGGUUUGGUGGAAGGGAUUGUGGAUUCCCAGUGGAUCCCCAAGUGUUACAGGAGUUCAAAGACCUUCUGCCACCCACUAACAGUUUGUGUGGAGAUGCUAACCUCCAAGCAAAUUUUGCCAACUUGGAGAGACAGAGCCAGCUCGCUCCACCCAUCAACUGGCCAGCUGCUGUUGACAACUACAUUAGACUGAAGGAAAUGGCUGGUCUUUGAGAGAGAGAGA